GGGAUCAUAUACUGAAAAACUACAACAAAUCAGAGAGCUUCGUAAGCAAUUAAAUGCUGCUCUUGACAAACUUGAAAAUAAAACCUUGAAAAAACUGUAUGAAAUGAGGACCACAUUGCAAACCUCUCUCAAGAAAGAUGUUGACCACUGCAGCAGACUGAAGGACGAACUUCAACAGCUAGGUGAAGCUGUAAAUGGCCUUCAUGAUAAGAGCAAGAAAGAAAUGGAGUUCAUAGCCAGUAGGAAAUGCAUGGACAAAAUACAGGAGUCUGAGUCAUAUCUGAAGUCAAAACAUGUGAAGGUGCAGAGUUCAAUAACAUUUAAGGCAAAGGUAAACAUUGAGCAAUAUCUGUCUCAACAGGUAAGUCAAUAUGCAGUCAGUGUGCAGUCUCUCACACUGGAGAUGAAGCCAGAACAGGUAUUGACUGUGAAGAGGAAGUCCAAGUAUAAUGUGAAAAUAUCAGAAGACAAAAGUCAGAAUUGCUGCAUCAGAGGCAUUUGUAGCCUGCCUAGUGGUCAAGUUAUUGUUGCAGAUAGUAAUAAUAAGAGAGUGAAGUUUUUAGACAAGCAUUACAAUGUGUCCAGUCAUUGUGAUUUGUCUGGUUGUCCAUGGGACAUUUGCCAAAUAACAUCCAUGGAGGUUGCUUUAACAGUAAAUAAUGAUGUGCAGUUUAUGUCUGUGACUAAUGGGCAUCUGGUGAAUGGGAGGAAUUUACAGUUACCACAUGAUGCUGUUGGCAUUGCCCACCAUCAGGGAGCAUUGUAUAUAACCUCUCGCACUGCUCUCUACCACUACACACUGACUGGGACACUUGUGAAAAAGCUUUAUGAGGAUACAGGGGGUGGCAUUACAGUGUACACAUGUGCAGUUAGUCCAGCAGGCGAUAAGAUCUAUGUUACAAACAACUGUCAGCACAAGCUCAUCACUCUGGCUACAGACGGAACCCUGAUUUCCACCUUCACGGACCGUGAACUACAACACCCUCAGUGUGUACAUGUUACACCUGCAGGACAAGUCCUUGUGUGUGGAUGCGCCUCCCAAACUCUCAUUCAGGUGAAUUGUGAGGGGAACAAAAACUGGCCACUCUGGCUUCACAGGAAGAUGGACUGAGCUAUCCAAUGUCUGUCUGCUACAACAGUUUUACUGACCAGAUCAUCUUGGAAGUUAAUGAUUACAUCAUCGUUAUGGAUUUGCGAUAGCUCUUUCAUUGGAAAAAAACACUGUUGUAAAUGUAAUAUCCAUGCAUUAUUUGAAUUACACACUUAGUAAUAGCAGUUUUUAACUAUGCCAGGAUAAAUAUAUUCAUACAAUUUCUUGGGUCAAUGAGAUACAUGUUUUUCAGGAAAUCAAUAACAUGUAGUCAAAUUUUUAAGGGACUUGCUCACCCAUUGUGCAAUCAAUGUUUUUUCAACUUUCUCUCACAGAUAAAAAUUAAUAAAAUAAAAGCGUAAUGAUAUAUGACAGUCUGGAUAAUCAAGAGGUAACAGAGGUAGCUUUUUGAUCCACCGGACACAGGGUCAAAUCCCAGUGGGGUCUACAUGUUUUAAAAUCAUUUGUUUUGUUUGUUUUCAUACCUGAGCUUUAUUAAAUCUCUUAAGUAGAGGCAUUUAUCAUUACUUAAAAAAAUAAUAAUCUGUAAACAAGUCCCUUAAGUGAAGAAAUAGUUGAUAAGAUUAUAAGUGUUAUAACUACCAAGGUCUCCAACCUUGAGGUCACACAAGUCGACCAGCAAGUAAUUGAACAUUCAGCUUAUUAUAUUUCACUCGAACUUUCACAAAAAAUUACAAACAUUGAAAAAACGUGUACUUAGCUGAAGGAGAAGUGUAGUUGUCUCCAAACUCACAAAUAACUGACCAAAGAAAAAAUUACAGAACUUGACAUCUGCAAGUCUCUGCGUGGCAUUCUUAGAAAGAGGCAGUAUCUUUCAAAAGGUGGUCCAUGUUUAAAAAAUGCCAAUUACCGUUACAAGUCAAUUUUUAAGACGUGAUAGUAAUCAGCCCUCUAAAUAACAUGUCAAUGAACUUGACACUGGACCUGACAUAUUACUAUGUUUAAAAGAGCCUCGCUUUGGGAAAACUGCUUAAUGCAUGUGCAUUGUGUCAUCGCAG